AAUUUCCGUGACUCUAUCAUGGCGGAAGUCGGCGAAAUGGUAUACAAGAAUGAAAGACGGAACGACACUUACGUGAAUUUCUUACAGCUUCGUUACUAGAGGUUCUAGUGCUCACAGAUGUUCCUUUCCGGGGUCAGUAGAAAAUGGCAGAUAGGGCCAGCCAGGGUCUGUCUCGAAUCCCUGUGCCUAUGAAAACUCCUCCUCCUCCAGAGAGAGAACAUAUGAGAGAAGUCUAUGUAAGGGACGUUGUCGAUGGACCAAACAACCCUCCUAAGCAGCAGCAGCAUCAGUCAGUUGGCGACCAUAACAAUGAAAAUGGAAGCGUGUGUCCAAAUAAAACAGUUCAUUCCCCAGCCACUCCUAAGAAAGGGAAAGGCUUUGAAACGUACCUCAUGACAGGAGAAAUGAUCAUUAGGACCAAUACAAACCCGGUUGUGUGCGAGAAAACAGGUGCAGAUCAGAAAGACGAUAUUCUCUCUAAGACAGCAAAAGAAAGUCAGAUACCAAAACUAGAUCACGGGGAUCGGAAGAAUACGCCUCAUCGAACUAAAGUCCAUAAAACUCAGCCAAGUCAUAGUGUUAUAACCUCACCCAAAAUAUCAUCGAAAAUACCGGGGCCAAUAAAAAGUCCGCAGCAAAAUCAUCAGACAGGGUCACCACGCUUUCCUCGUCCUGUACGUGACGGAGAAAUGGCAGCCACGGUGAAUGACUCUGCAGGUUUCCCCAUCAUCCAAGCACCUGUUGCGGAAAUGGAGGAGCUGUCCGACCUGUCUCAGUCAUCCUGCUCGGAGAGUGAGAUGGGUCUUGGGAACGAUCCAGCAUCUUCAUCGCCGAAGAGUCUUCCGACCAAAAACCAGGCGGCGGAGAAAUUAGCAACUCCUGGGCCUAGUUCAAGUGCAUCCAGAUUAGAAGAGGCUGUGGAGACGCUGGACAUGCUCCAAGCCACGUUGCCCGGGUGCCAAUUCGAAGGUCUGUCUGAUACUUCGGCAUCCUUUCCAGAGCCUCUCAGCUCAGGGGACAGCGGGUUUGUUCACGACGGCCAUGCCUCUGAUCCGGACUUGCCAGAUCGGGGCACUAUGGCCAGUUUUGAAAAGUGUUUUUCGGAAAGGGAAGGUUUCAUGUCUGACGAAACAUUGACCGAACGAGAAGACGCAUCUGACAGCUGCAGCACCAACACUUGCUCCAGUGGGCAGGGAACGUCUCACAGUCAGACCAUUGUUGCCAGUAGUAGUGGUGAAAAAUUCAUGUUGGACGGAGGCGAUCGACCUCUGGUACGUACCAGCAAGUCUCAUGAGAACUACUUGCAAGCCGUUACUGGCAUCGCCGUUGUAAAUAUUGACAUUGAAGAUAAUUUGGCGUACUCCUUGGACACGCUUACCUACCACGACAGCUCCGAUUCUUCUUUGGACAAAGUUUCCCAAGAACCAGUGCAGGUUUCAAGAAGCUUGCAUAACUCUCCUGAGAAAAAGUCUGAAAAGGCCACAAAUGGGGAAAGAGAAUUCAUGCCAGGCUUCAUUAGUUUAGAAGAUUCAAAGCAAAUUAAGUUAAAACUCAACAAACAAAGAGAAGAACAGAUGGACACUUUGGAUGAAAGCUCCACAGAGGACAAUACAAAGGGGGAGGAAACAAACAAUUCUAGCAAUUGCUACCCAAAUUUCCAGGGCUCUUCCAUUAAUUCACAAAGGCACCACUCAUUGAACAAUGAAUCUGAAGACAGUUUUGAUGAAAGCAGAUCAUACGAUGGCAUGCUAGUCAAUGCUCGAGGUGAAUCUUUGCAGCUAAGUGUGUUAAGUGAUGACUCUGAUGCUGAAAGCCUGUAUCAUCAGCCCAGCAAAGCUGUUGACAGACCGAGUGCUGAGCGGCUUGCCAAGAGACUUUACAAUCUUGAGGGAUUCCGGAAGUCUGAUGUGUCACGGCAUUUAUGUAAAAAAAAUGAUUUUAGUAACCUGGUGGCAGAGGAGUAUCUCAAGUUCUUUUACUUCCAAGACGACACUCUGGAUGUUGCGCUUCGAAAGUUUCUCUCUCAGUUUUCAUUGUUUGGAGAAACGCAGGAGCGGGAGAGGGUCCUCGCCCACUUUUCACAGAGGUUUAUGGAGUGCAACCCGGGAUCUUUCAAUUCAGAGGAUGCUUGCCACACUCUGACAUGUGCAAUAAUGUUACUCCACUCAGACCUACAUUCAAGGAAUGUUCGUCGAAGAAUGACUUGCCAGGAAUUUAUCGAAAACCUGUCAGGACUCAACGAUGGUGAAAACUUCCCAAAAGAAGUGCUCAAGGCUAUUUACCAAGCAAUCAAGACUGGUACUAUAGAAUGGGCAGUUGAUGAGGACAUGCCAGAAAUGGACAGCCAGGGUCAAGGACAGGACCAGGCAGUACCUCCACAGUCACCAGGGCCACAGGCUUUAGGGAGCAAUCCCUUCCUUGAGGUGCCAGAUCCUAGCAAAGCCACAGAAUACAAGAAAGGUUAUGUGAUGCGUAAAUGUUGCAUGGAACCGGAGAAGAGGAAAACACCAUUUGGCAAGCGUGGAUGGAAAAUGAUGUAUUCUGUGCUGCGGGAUAUGAUUUUGUACCAAUACAAAGACGAGCAUCACUUCAGCAAAGGGCAGUUUGUGGAGAGCUCUCACAAUGCAAUCCGCAUUCACCACUCCCUAGCAACAAAAGCAGCAGAUUACGCAAAGAAACAGCACGUUUUUCGCCUUCAGACUGCGGACUGGGCAGAAUUUCUUUUCCAGACAGGGAAUCCUAAAGAGCUCCAGGAGUGGGUGGACACUAUCAAUUUGGUAGCUGCUUCUCUCUCGGCCCCACCUCUGCCUGGGGCGGUUGGCUCAAGAGCAAAGUUCCAGAGACCUCUAUUGCCGUCAUCUUUUACCAAGUGUAAUCUGAGAGAGCAGCUACAGAAUCAUGAGCUGAAGGUGGAGGAACUUGAACAGGAGCUCCGGCUGCACCGGGUUGCCAUACCAGAGAAAGGCUCAAAAACUUCCAUCAUUCAGGAUUAUUUAGAGAAGGAGACCUAUUUAGAGUUUGAGAUUAAGAGGUUCAAAACGUAUGUGUAUUUGCUGCAAGGCAAGCUGUCAGCAUAUCCCGAGUUAGAGCCUUCUUUAGCAGAGACGACCAUAGGAGAGUAUGAGGAAAUGGGGGCAGGACCCUCGCACAUUCCCGUGAACCAAGUGGCAGGGGUUAAGCAAGGGUCUGCUGGCAAACCUGUGCAAAGGAGCCUGUCAGAUAGUGAUUCGGAUAACUCAGAUACCGGCGGUGACGAAAGUUUGGCCGAGCUGCCGAGGGCGCCGGUGAUCAACACACUGUCGGAGAGUACCAAGAUGUGAGAAGACGGUCGACCGUGCACCAUGGACAUUUAUUUCCAACUUGUUGAUUUCGUUUCUCAGCGCAUUGAGGCGGCACAGAUGGGCCAUCUCCCAGGAAGCCUAUAUUUUGUAGGAGAGGCUCAAAACAGUUUAAUCAGACUAUCAACAACCACUUCAACUUUAAAUUUUAUGCCAAUGUUUCAUACAUUUCUUUUCGCUGAAUAUUUACAUUUAUUGAGAUCAUGUACAUGAUAUGUAUUAUUUGACCCUGCUUUACAACUUGACAAGAAAAGAAACAGGAUUUGGAAAAUUUUGUUUGUGGCCUAUUUGUGCCUGGCACUAUGGAUACCUCACAUUUGUCAACUUACUGUUUUAUAGUCCACUGUACACGUGUGCUGUACGUAACUUUCCUGCCCAGUGCUGUAUCUUCAUAUCUGCAUCUGAUUUUAUAGGGAUGUAUUGACUGUUAAGUGUAAGACUCUGCCAUACAUCAUUGUGAAAAGUGACAUAUGACAAAGUCUUACACUGAGCAGAUACAUGUAUUAUAUGACAUGUUCUUGGCAUAAGCAUCUUCAAAGGAGUGUAAGGGGUGGACCCACUGUUGUUGCUAGUGUUUUCUUCCAAAUUAACGAUUAAGCCAUGAGAGUCGCUGCAAUAUCAGACAUGACUACACAGCAAAUGGGUUUUUUUAACUUUCGACUGUGACUGAAGAAAUAUUGGUGUUGCACUUUUUACAAUAUUACGCAUAAUUGUUUAGAAAUAUUACACCCACUAGCACAUUGUUACUUCAUUAUCAUUAAUA